CUUUUUGCAUUGUUGGAAGGUAUAUCAUCGAGCAACAGUUGCGGGUGAGAGGAGGUUCUUGCUCCCAAUCAGGUUGUACAGCUUUUGACUUUCCCUGGCAUUACCAAGAUCUCCGCUUCGGAGAGCAGAGCUCCUUCUCCAUCGGGUACAUAUUCCUCACUUGUGGCCAUUGACCACAGUGAAACGUGAAUCUCAGCCAGUUGCCCACCAACAACAACGGAUUGUUCGUCUUCAACUCAGGCCAGCGUGCCAUCAUGGCACGAUUUAUUCGCCAACUGUGCGUGUUGCUUUGGAAAAAUUCCCUCUGCCGUUUAAGACAGCCGGUACUGACUCUGUCGGAAAUUAUAUGGCCGUGUCUAUUGUUUCUUAUCCUGGUCGGAGUGAGAGUUCAACAUCUUCCCCAAAAGCGUGAAAACUGUUUUUUGCAGCCUCGUACUUUGCCCAGCGGAGGGCUUUUUCCUUUCAUUCAGAGUCUUUUUUGUGAUGUUGGUUCUCAGUGUCGUAGCUUGGAGUUCACAGGAUCGGAGAGCUCUCCCCGUUCCAGGUCUUCGCUGGGCUUCACAGAUGAGAGUGGGGUCAGCUUCUUAACAUUAGUACAAGACCUUGGAAAUGAAAUCAAUGAAACUGUGCAAAAAGCAUCUACUUUACAAAGCAAUUUAAAUGAAUUGUUAGGAGAUUCAGAUUCUUUGGGACAGCUAGGAUUUGUCACGAUGGAUCUGAAUGAAACCGAGAAAGCAAUUAACAUAAUAGAACGAAUUCACAAUGAAACAUAUACUUGGGAUAUUCUUUUCAAACUACCUAAAGUACUGGAAACCCUGAAGAAUGAGGAUUUUUUAAGCAGAGGCACGACUGAGAUGAUUGACUUAUUGACAGAUGCAAGAAGGUUAUUGGAAUCACUGAAAGAUAUGUUCAUUUCCAAAAAGAAUUCAUAUUUGACUUCAGACACUGGCUUUAACCUGACCAUCAGUGCCUUGAACAUCUUCCAUACUGUUAGCAUUCAAGAUUUAGACCAGAAUCUGACACUGGGUGAUCUUCUGUGGGAUCGUAAAAUGACUGAGUCAGAUUUAAUAAACGGAUUUAUGUUGGAUCCUGUGAUGAUCAAACAACUGCUGAAUACAUCGAUUCCUUUAUGCAAGUUUUACAUUCUCCUGAAUGAGCGCGAAUUCCAGAAAUUUUUGUGCACAAAGACUGAGCACUUUGUCCUUUGUGCUAUGUCGAACUACCUGCCUACUUAUUUGUCCCACAAUAUUGACAUUUUUAAGUUAUCUAAAGAGGCUUUUAAUAUUUGGCGUAGAAGUGGAUUCCCUGAGUACUUGGUGACCAUGUUUGACCAAAUGUCAGCAGCUGUAAUGAGACUUUCAACAGAAAACCAGGACUUCAAAAAAUCUUCACCAGCACAACAAAUCAAUUCUCUGCUCAGUGACUUUUUUCACCACAUUGUGGAUCCAUCAGGAGAAUCACAAAAGUACCUUGAAAGGUUCCAGGAAAAUGUGCAGACUUUGGAACAGUGGCCUCAAAUCAAGUAUAUGCUUAUGGUAGAUGAAUCAUUCAGAAACCUCACUAUUGCAAAAUGGAAUGCUGAUCGAGCUAUUUAUGAAUUCCUGAAGAAGCUGUUUACUACCCUGCAAGUGAACGUUGUGAACCGGAUGAUAUUGGAUGUUGAUAUCCUGAUGAUAGAACUGAAAACGAUCUUGACCCAAAAUUUGACUGUUACAUGCAGUGAUAUGGUCUUGAAGUUGAGGGUUGUUCUCAAUUUAUCAGAGGACUUAAUUUCAGACGAAGCCUUAACAAGUAUAAUCUGUAGUCAUCAUACAUCCAGUGAACUCUGGGGUGUGUUGGAACAUUUUCCAAAUAUGAAGAGCUGGAUUGAAGCUGCUGAACAGUACAACUCAGUGCUUGCUGGAAAGCAGGAUUUUGAAGUCACAUUUCAAGAUUCAUACACAGGAUGGAUAGAAUUAUUCAAAGUGUAUGAAGACAACCAACGAUUCUACAAUCAGUUCUUUAGGAAUAUCACAGAAGAAAUAUCUGCUUCAUCUGAACAGUGGAAAAGUUUUGAAUUUAGUACUUUUCAGGAACACCUUAUAUGGAACCUGGCCUUUGAUGUAUUUGAUGCGCAAGGAUCUGCACUGGAAAAUAGUGAUUUCUGGCCAAGCAUUGAAAAUCAUAUUCGAGGAAUUUGCUGGCUGAUAGAAAACUCAAACCAACCAAUCCAAGGAAAUAGUAGUCAUUCAGAAUCGAAUUGUAUCACAGGGAAGAUCAAUUGGAGAGAUCUGCUUAAUGAGACUCUAAUAUUCAAGCAGAAUGUUGGCAGUAAUUCUGGCACAUUUUGGAAACGGUUUCAGAGUUCACAACUGGAGCUGUUGAACUUGAACAAUAUCAUUAAGCUAAGUGACAGUGAUAUGCAGAUUAUAAGUCAAAGUUUUGGAAAUUUUAGUGAUGCAAAUUUUUAUGAGACUGCCCAUGGAAUACAAAUUGUAGCAAAAGUCAUUCUAGAGAAUGUACCUCUGUGGAUGAACAAGUAUGCCAGCGCAAUAAAUGGAACUUCUUCGAUAAUUCCUGCAUUACUUCAACUUUCUCAAACAAGUAGUGUCACUUCAUUAAUUUACAAACUAAAGUUUUUCAUGAAUCAGUGGUCUAAAGGACAGUCACCACAGUUUAGGGAAGUACUGAAUGUUUUGCUUAGCGUGUUACAAAAGGAAUUAUCAAAUCUGCUGACCAUCAACCCCUUUAAAAAUGCAGUUGACCAGUUUAAUGCCAUGUGGUCCAGUCUGCAACAGAUUCUUGAUUCUCAAACUUCUGAAAAUCUAACACAGAGUCUAAAUUCCUUCUGGAAUUUGACAUCUACAAUAUGGAUAAGAUCAACCCAAGGCAACAUGGAUUAUCUUGACACGGCUAAAAUAUUUCUGUAUUAUUUGAAUAAUCUUGGUUUGCUGUCUCAAGAACAACUUUCUUCAGUGGAGGAUGCCCUCAAUGGCUUAAAAAAUGCUUCAGUAAUUGAUUCUUCCGCUCAAUCUUUGUCUCAGCUGAAAGAUAUGGAGCUGCCAUUGUUCAAGCUGUUGCAAAUGAUUAACACAGAAAAUAAAACAGAGCUUUUGCAGACAGCUUUUAAUGUACUUCAUGCAGUCUCACAAUUAUCAAAUGUGACUGAGCUCUCAUCGUUGGUAACUGCUGUCAAUAAUAUUUCUGAAGACAUUUCCAGUUUUUUUGAACAAUAUAGCUCCAAUGACAUUAGUGAGGCCUUUAGUGCAAUUUCAAAUAUUGUGUCUGUUUUCCACAACAUGUCAAAGGAUGACUUUGCUGAAAAUUUAUUGAAUUUAUAUAUCUAUAUGCAAUCACAGAUACAAGCACAGGGAAGAAUCACAGGAUCAGAACUGCAACAGAUAAAUGAGACAAUUGUAAGACUCGCAGAAGCUUUCCAUAAUAAUACAAACAAUAUUAGCUGUUUGUUGUUGCACGCAUUGCAAUCUUCAUCCAUCCCUAUUUCUGAUAUUUGGUUGAGUAAAUAUUGUUCCAUACAUAAUACAGGAAGAAAAAUCCGUUCAGUAGAGGCUGCUUCUAAUUCACAAUCCAGUCAGAAUCCAUACAGAGCCUUGGUGGAACAAAUUAUCUACAGUCUGAUGGAUAAAAAUCAAGAAAUAGCUUCCUCAUUGUCAUGCACAGCAGAUUUGUUUCUGUCAUGGACUGAAAUUGUAAAAGAGAUAGCAGUACAGUUGAACUUGGAUAUUCAAGUAGUUAACUUCUUUCAUAUUGGCUUGAAAGAAGUGUCACAAGAACUGAAUAAAACAUCAGUAUGUACUAGACAUUUGAUCAUGGAUAACAGGACAGCUGCAUUGAAAGUCUUCCUGCAGAACAUUACUGCAGCAAAUGGCUUUAAUCUUCAGAAUUUGUACCAACUAAGCACUGAUCGCUUCAUCAUUUUACAUCAUGUAAUGAAUACAUUUCUUAUUCCAAUUGAUACCAAAAUGCUUCAACAACUCAACACAAUUGUGGACAAUGUGUUUAGUUUAUUUCAGGAUUCCAACCUUGAUAACUUGAAUGACUUCUCUAAAAUCAUAGAUGGCCUUCGCCCUAUGUGGUCAUUGUAUGACCCUCAGCAUGAAAAACUCUAUUCAAUCCUGCGAACAUUUGCAUACUUAAACUCCAGUGCUGAUCUGGAAAGUAUUAAAGUGAUCUUCAGGGAGAUUCUUUUAUUCUACAAUAACAGCUUUAACAUGGACAAUCUUGAUCAUUCUGUGCAAUAUAUGAAAGAAUUCUUGGAUUUAGUGGCAACGACUGAGAAUAAUGGAGGCCAGUUUCCAUACAAAUCAUUGGUGGUAUUAAUUAAACAACUAAUCCAUUCUGAAAACCCAAAUACAGGGGAAAAGGAAUGGGGAAGAUUGCUACAGUGGCUAUAUGUGCUGACGCAUUCCAAUUUUUCUGAUCCAUCACUCUCAUUUCUGACACACAUAAGCAACAUUCCAAUCUUUGGAAUGAAUACAUCUGAAAUAGACAAAGUUAUGAGAAAAACUGAGGAAGCAAUUUUCAAAGUUCAAAACCUGACAGAACAGUUCCAUGGUACAAGUGCAUCUAUUGCUUAUUACUAUGAAGUUAUUGAAUUGUUGGAAAUGAUUUGUCCUGAUUCUAGUUCUUACAAAAUCAAAAGCAUUCAAACUCUGAAGAUGUCCAUUCAAUUGGCUUACAAUAUUUUUAAUGAUGAAAACAUGUCAUAUGACUUAAUGGAACAGUUCACGAAGCACUUGGAAAACAUGGCCAAUGAUAAUGCAACUGCAGAAGAGCUGUUUGGCCAUUUCAAUAAACUGGUCAGGGGAAAUGUUAACAUAAGCCAGUGGUAUUCUGUAGAUUCGGCCAAACUCCUUUCUCGACAAAUUCAAGCACUAACUGUCAUUUUAACAUCAAAUCAGAAUAUUGACCAAUUUUCACUACUUCUUCACAAAUUACUGCUUCAAAUGAAUCAAAGUGCUUUUAUAAAUUUGAGGCCAGAGAAAAUUUCAAAUGUGUUGUUUGGCACCUUGGAUAUAAUUCUUCAUUUCAAUAAGAGAACAGCUUACAAUUUGUCUAUGACUGAGGCCAUGAGUACUUUACUUAGUAAAGCUGCAGGUUUGAGUUGCCUGAGCUCAAAUAAAUGUUCAGAACAGGAGAACAUUCAGAACAUCAGGUUGAGACGACUGUUUUCUCAAAUUGUACAGUUUGCAGAUGAAUUUCAUGAAUCAAAAUGUAAGCCUCAUCUAAUAAUGAUAGAGUCAAGUGAAUCAUUUCAUUUGCUAAUUGAAUAUAUUAACAACAUAACAUUCAACAACAACUCAAUUGUAGAAGAACAAGUGAAUACAUUUAUAAAUGGUUUGGAAGGAUUUCCACUGUCAGAGAUUGAAUGUGCAAUAGAUGUUAUGAACUUUUCCAGUGCUUUUCUGAAGACGUUACAGCAAAUUGGGAACCGUAGUGGAACCAGUGGCAUUGAACAAUUCUUAGAAUUUGCACAGUCAGCCUCUCGUCUUUUUCACAUUGUUUCAGAAACAAUAAAAGUCCGCAAUGACACAACAGCAGCUGUGCACACACUAAUUUUAUUAAAGAAUGAAAGUUCAAAUUUAGCAACAGUGUUGAAAAGUCCCAAUUACACUUCUGUCAUGAAAGUGCUCAAAAUGAUUGAUGAUCUAACUGAGCACUUCAAACUGGAGACAAAUCCAGGUAGUUACUUUCAGCAGUUGCUAUUGCACUUAGAUUCAUUUUCUAAGGCACUUGAGCUGAUUGAGAUACCCCAGGAAACAACAGAAGAGCUUAAAGGUUUUGGUGAAGUACUACGAUUCUUUCUUCCAUUUCUAAACAGAAGCCGUAACCAAGACUUGGAAACUGACUCUGUACUCAACCUUACAUUCUUUGUUUUGCAACAUGUAAACUCAAUAACUGCAAUUCACAAUGCACUGCAAUUGUUGAAAACAGAUCUUCAGAACUUGCUUAAUGCCACAGUCCACAGUGGCUCAAGUAACAAACUAGCUGUGUACAGCCUAAAUGAACUCAUAGCCUUUGUUGGAAAUGUCACAUUAACUUAUAACUCAAGACAUGAUAAUGGUACCUUACAGGAUCCGCUUCAGCUUGAUGCAAUAAUUGAAACUGCACAACUUGUAAGAGAAUAUGUGACAUUUUUGAAUAAGGUAUCAUUGCCAUCUAUGUCUGUCAGUGAUGGUGCUGAAAUGUUCAUCCAAUUACUUCGUAACUGCGUAAUGAGAAUCAAGUCCGUUGAAACAACUAAGUUGUUUGCUGUCCCUUGGACCUCUCUUUUCAAUGAUAAACUUAUACACAGAAUGUUUUCCAUACUGCUGGGUGAUCUUGUUCAGCAUUUCACAAAUAUUCAUCAAGGUCAGAUCUACUUGACAGAAAAUAUAGCCUAUAUAAUUUACAAUCUUACAACCAGCCUGACAUCAGUCAAAGAUAUACAUUCCAUAAAUGCCCACUUGGAACAAAUGAACAGUGACCUUGCAAGGUUCUUUAGAGAACUGAACGGCAGUGGGAAUUCACUUGCCAUGUUAAAUAUUUUGACAAACGUGACUAAGGUUUUAAAACAUGUGCCAGAUUUUCAAAACAUGACUGAGACUCUACACUCUUUCAAGGUAAUUUUAUCAGAAGCUGGAAAUGAGCAUUUUCCACAAACUCUAAUUCAAGAUGGAAUUACCCUAGUAAACAGUCUUUCCACCAUGAAUGUGAGUCAAGCAUUGAAUGCACUUUACUUGUUUGGACUAGCUCAUCAGACAACAGGAUUAGAGUUCAGUCAACAAAAUCAGACUGGAAACUACACUCAACUUAAUGAGAAGAUUAUUAGACUGUUGCAGGUGAUUUCUAACAGUGCUAAUUCCUCACAGUUAUCACAGUGUUUGCCCAUAGCUGUUUGCAAGCUGCUAUCAGAAGAAACAACUGAUGAUGAUGACGGUCUCUUUUUAAGAGCGUGUGACUUCAAGGCAAAUCAAAGCCUUAGUACUGCUUUUAAUCUGGCAGUUGAUAUUAAGCAGCUCUUUGCAGGAGCUGUCCAAGGUGCUGCAAAAGUGGAAUGCUCAGGAAGUACUGUUUUCAAAAAAAUCAUCCAGCAAACAGGGUGUGCAAUUCAACACUAUGAAGAAUGGAAUGCAUUUUUGCUCCAGAUAUCCCAGCUAUGUGGUUUGAAGUUUCCAGUGCUAACAAAACUGCAAGAAAUUUGGAAUAACAUUUCAUAUGUCAUAGUUUCCACCAAAGAGGACGACCUAAGUUGUCCUAUUUUCCCAAUAAGAGAAAAAUCUGAGAAGCUGAUUGGCCUGUUUCGGAAUAUGACUUUAACAAGCACUACUUCUGCUGAACAAGCCAUUAAUUUCCUGUCUAAUGUAAGUGACACAAUACUUUUGCUGAGUGGCAACAAUUCAGAAACUGCACACAGCACUCUGAAAAUUUUUGCUAAUUAUUUGAGAAAUGCAACCAAAAACGUAUUGUCACCUUCAGAUUCAAAAGACCAUAUCGCCACACUGAUCUCUGCUGUGCAGUUAUUACUUUCAACAACAGGUCAUAAAAAUGAAUCCCUGUAUUCAAUGUUAGAUGAUUUAAUGGGUGUACUUAAUAAUAACGCCAUUAAUGUUUUGUCAGCAGAUAUUGACAAAAUAUUAAAUGACAUAACAAAGAAUCCCAAAAUUGAAGAUCUACUGCCAGCUGUAAAGAAUGUGAUCAGUUUGUUGAGAAAUAUAACAACAGGUGGUUUCAUUGAGCUUAAUGCCCUGCAAUUUUACAAAAUAUCAAAUGAUUUGGAGAAAGUUCUGGAAAUAAUGUCAUAUAUAUCCAACUUCACAGAUGAAAACUAUCACAAAAUACUGAAUGUUAUUGGCCAUUUGAUAAAAAGCCAAAAUCUUCCAGAAGUAGUUAAUACAACACUCAACCAAAUUGUAAAAUAUGCUGGUCUAAUGAGCAAUGUUUCACAGCUGCUAAUGGAACAAAUGGACUCAGCAGCAUCUGUUCUCGAGGUUUAUGAAAAGUUGUUGCCCCACAUCACAGCCAUAAUUUCGAAUGGACACUUCAAACAAAGCUCUAAGGCAUUUGAACUUUUAAAUGAUUUGAUAGUUGAAGUUUACUCAAAUGGGGGUCGUUCACCUGAUUUCAAUCAAAUGUUGGUAAAGAGGGUCAUCCAGGUCUUAAAUGAGUUACUACCAGAAAACAAACAGGCAACUAUAAAUUACAUGCAUAUCAUCAAUAAUGCGUUCUUGGAGUUCCAAAAGAUUGCCACUAAUGGAAAUCUUAAUUCAGAUGAAAUUUUGAAUGUGACACUGAACAUGAUGAACAUGCUUGAAGAGUUUUUUGACGUAACGCCAGUAUCCGGUCCUACUUUGAAGAUUGUAGCUGAUAUUCCUAAAUUUACUAAACUGCUUCUGGAUUUCAAGGAAACAGGCAAUGACACGAGAUUGGGAGAAGUGUGUCAAUUUGAUUGGUUCAAUAAGUCAGUCAUGUCAUCAAAUGCCACAAAUCUCUUUCAGUUAAAGUUGCUGAAUCUCUUUACAGAAAAAGUGUACUUUGUUAAUGAUAUAGUGUGUAUACAGAAGAACUGUCAUCAGAAUAUUUCAGGACACCUAAUUCAUGCUCUGACUGAACUGUUUAAUUUGACAACCGAUGUCAAACAGAUUUUCGAUGAAACGUUCUUGACUCCAGUCCAGAGAAACUGUAAAACAUUUCUUAAUGACAGCAUACGAUUACAAAUCGCAAAUAAGCAGGCAUCACAAGCAGUUGAACAUGCACUAAGGAACUACCAAUGCAGUUGUGAAUUGACUCCAUUGAUGACAGAGCAACUAUACGAAAGAUUUGAAUAUUCUGCAACAACACUUUAUCCAAAUAGUACCUUUGCAACUCUACUUGAGAGCAUUGGAGCAUUUAAAGGUUUACCAAUUGAGAACUGUGUGCAAAACAUCACAACUUUCAAAAUGCAGUUGGAGCAAAGCAAUGGCUUCUCAUCGGAAGCCAUUGAUGUGUUAGUGAAGGCAAACCUGACUGUCUCUCAGUUAAUUCGUGGCCUUAUUAUCACAACAGACAGAUGUGAUGAGGAGAGCCUGGCUCUAAUGCUGUCAAUUUCAGACAAUGCAAACAUUUCAUCUCUGGCUGCUGAACUGUGUGCUUUGACUCCUUUGCAAAGUUAUAGUCUUAUUUUGAAAAUCAGCCAGCACAUGGAUUUUAGAUGUUUCACUUAUAAGGCACUUCUCCCAAUGCUAGUACCUGCUGAUGUUUAUCAGAUAAUGGACAAUAUUCUGGAUGUGUUCUCCAGCCUCAUUUCUUUCACUACUAGAUCAUUAAAAAUCUUGGAUUUGAUUCCCAAUUUUUUGCAGUCUGUGCGUGACAUGAAUCUUCCAUCUAUUUUUGAAUUCAAUGAGAAUGUUCAAAGAAGGUCUGUGAGAAUGUCUGCGAAUAGUUCUCUACAAACCCUCUCCAAAGCAAUUUGUCGGACUCAGUCAACCAGCUUACUUGGUGGUGAAAUGAUGUUCUCAGAGUUACCACAAAUCGACACGCUCACUGAGGAAGACUUAAUCAAAUACAAUGUUCCUACAAAUACCACUCCCUUCUGCAUGAGCUUUUAUCAGGAUAUUUUAAAAGCCCCAAAUGGACCCUUGUUGUGGACCGUCCUGAAACCGCUGCUACUUGGUGAAAUACUGUACGCUCCAAACACAAUUCCAAUACAGAAACUGAUGAACAAGUCCAACAGCAUAUUCAGCACAGUUAACGACCUGAAGACAUAUUCUGAAUUCUGGCUGAAAUCCUCAAAUGUUUUGCAGAAACAGGAAAGCUUUAAGUCAAGUCAGCUUCAGGAGGCAUUGCAGAACAAUUUCAUACGUAGUUUCAUUCAGUCUCAGCUGGAUAUUGAUCUUGAUAAACUUUUGGAACGUUUACAGCGAUAUGAAGAAACAAUCUCUGAAGCAAUGAACGAUCCUGUAGUACAACAGAUCACUGUCCUCGCACAGCUGAUGGUGAAUGUCUCAUCCUGUGUAUUACUAGACCGCUUUAAGCAUCUAGAAUCUAAGGAAGAACUGCAGCAGAAAGUAAAAGAACUAAUGGAGAAAAACACAUUCCUAGCAAGUAUAUUGUUCGAUGUUGAUGAUAGCAACACCUCAAGAGGGGCACGAUCAUUGUCUUCCUCACUUCCAACUAUUUUGAGCUACACUAUUAGGACAGACAUUCUGCACAGUAUGCCGACUGAUCAACUGGAAAAUCCCAAAUGGAAAUCUCACCCCCAAAAUUUGCCAACAAGGAGUUUCUAUUAUAAUCGUGUCUUUCUUCCGUUGCAAGAUAUGAUUGAGCGAGCGAUCAUUCAGUUUCACAUUGGUCAAGAUAUCCCCAACCCUGCAAUACAGAUCCAAGCAAUGCCAUUUCCCUGCCACAUCAGUGAUCAGUUUCUCAACAACACUGCCUUCUUUUUCCCAUUAUUAAUGAUGCUUGCAUGGAUGAUUUCUGUGGCUUCCAUGGUGCGUAACCUUGUGUUUGAGAAAGAACUUCGACUGGAAGAGUACACCAAGAUGCUGGGAGUGAAGCCAAUAGUUCAUUUUAUGGUCUGGUUUCUGGACACUUUCUUUAUCCUGAUUUUGAGCAGUGCCUUCAUCACCAUUAUUUUGAAAGCCAGCGAAAUACUUCCAAACAGUAAUGGAUUCAUCAUUUUCCUCUUUCUUUUGGAUUUUGGAGUAUCUGUCAUUGCGCUGAGCUACCUGAUUGCCACCUUCUUUAGCCAUGCUAAUACAGCAGCUCUCAGUGCCUGCCUGAUCUACAUCAUUACCUUCUUUCCCUAUAUGGUCCUUGUGGCUGUACAGAAUCAACUCAACUUCUCCAGCCAGAUUCUGAUUUGCCUCCUGUGUCCAACUGCAUUCAGCCAGGGAUCAUAUAUUAUCACACUUUUUGAAGGUAUUGGAACAGGAAUCCAGUGGAAUAACAUGUAUGAUGCCCCUGGAGAUGGGGACAAUGUGUCUUUUGCCUGGAUUUGCUGGAUGAUGGUCAUCGAUUCAGUGAUAUACUUUGUACUAGGCUGGUAUCUCCACAAUGUCUUCCCAGGUAAAUAUGGAUCUCGGAAGCCUUGGUAUUUCCCCUUUACCUGUUUGUAUUGGAAAACCUUGUGUGAUUGUGCCAAGCGCUUUGACAGAAAGAUUGGAGAAGGUUAUUGGGCCCAAAAUCUUGAUUGCUACAAUCAGCAAAUGAAUGUUAAAGGAGACCCAUUCAAAUCUAUAGAUUUGUCUGGGAAAGAAAUGACACCUCCCAGUUUGAAUAUUGGAGUUGCUUUAAGGUCGCUCACCAAAGAGUUUAAACGCAGAGGAAAAGUGGCUGUUAAAGACUUAAACCUUGAUUUCUAUGAAGGAGAAAUUACUGCAAUAUUAGGACCCAAUGGAGCAGGCAAGACAACAACUAUGUCGAUGCUAACUGGCUUGCACCAGCCCAGCUCUGGGGCUAUUUAUAUUAGAGGGAGAAAUAUGAAUCAAGAAAUGUCAGUCAUUAGAGAAGAGCUGGGAGUGUGUCUGCAACAUGAUGUGCUGUUUGAGAGAUUAACAGUGCGUGAACAUCUCUUGUUAUAUGGCAUAAUAAAAUCACCACAGUGGACGUACAGACAACUGUUGCAAGAAGUGAAAAUGGCCCUUGAAAAUGUAGAAAUUAGUCAGCACCAACACAAACAGGUUGGAGCUUUGUCUGGGGGAACAAAGAGAAAGCUGUCGUUGGCAAUUUCAUUCAUUGGAGGCUCCUCUACUAUCAUUUUGGAUGAACCCACCAGUGGCGUCGAUCCUUGCUCUCGGCGUAACAUCUGGGAUGUUAUAUUAAAAUAUAGAACAGGUCGAACAAUUAUUUUUACUACUCACCAUUUGGAUGAAGCUGACAUCUUGAGUGAUCGCAUUGCCAUCCUUGAAAGUGGCCAAUUGAAAUGCUGCGGUUCUCCUGCCUACUUGAAGGAACAGUAUGGGCAGGGUUACAGCCUCAGUAUCUUGAAAAAGCCUACUGUAGUAGAAACUGAUGAGUCAUGUGAUGUUGGCCUUGUAACCUCCCUGGUGAAACAGCAUGUUCCCCUGGCUUUUCUGAAGCAAGAUGCCUUUGGCGAGCUGACAUAUAGCAUUCCAACAAUGGAAGAUAAGACUGCUUAUGAAAGGUUGCUUCAAGAUCUGGACAAAGAAAUGAAAAAUUUACACCUGAGCAGCUACAGUAUCUCUGAUACCACACUGGAGGAGGUGUUUCUGAAGUUGCUUCAGAGUGAGCAAAGCCCAGCGCCACAUGGAAGCCAGGAUACAGAGUCUCUGAAUUCUGAGAGCAUCGAAUCAACUCACAGUGACAGUGCGGCCCUUGCAGGAAUCCAGCGAGAAACUGGAUGGCGGCUCAUCCUUAAACAGAUGGCAGCUCUGAUGAUUAAACGCUUUCACCAUACAAGAAGGGAUUGGAAGGGGGCCAUUGCCAACAUUCUGCUUCCUGUUCUCUUUGUCAUUCUAGCAAUGGCUCUGUUCAGUGUCAAACCUUUAACUGCUGAAUACCCCACCCUCAAGUUAUCUCCAGACAUAUAUGAGGAUUCAGAUGUCACAUUCUUCAGUUCUGGUAACAAUGAUUUUAUAAACUUGACCUCCAUGAUGCUGAAGUUUUUGAAAAUAAAUGAAUCCUGUGUUGGCCAAGCUUCCAAUCUGAACAGUUCUUCAUGUGGGUGGAAUGGAAAUUCAGAACCACAGAAUUUUGUGGGGCGCUGUAAUUGUGAUAAUGGCAAUCAGCAAUGCCCAGCAACAAAUAACAUGACACCCUACUACAGAAAUAGUGAUGGACAACUGCUAUACAACCUCACAGGUUACAAUCUGCAAGACUACUUAAUAUCAACAGAAAACAUAUUUGGACAAAAAAGAUUAGGAGGAUGGUCAAUUGGACAACAACUGCCUGAUGAUCUUAAGGAAAACAAUUUCACUGAACUGGGACUUAAUUCUUUAAUGAAGGUAUGGUACAAUCAAAUGAGCUAUCACUCAGCACCAGUCCACCUGAACCAACUCAAUAACUUCAUUCUCUGGGCCAACCUACCACCGGGCACUGACUGGACGCAAUAUGGAAUUUCACUGUACAGUCAUCCUUAUAGAGGAUCCCUUCCAAAUGAUGAUAAAAUCAUGGAGAACCUUCGACAGUGUGGAGUGGCAUUCUGUAUUCUGCUAGGGUUUUCUAUUCUGACAGCAAGUAUUGGUGGAUACGUUGUACAAGAUAGAGUUACUGGGCAGAAGAGAUUACAACACAUCUCUGGUCUGGGCUACAGAGUAUACUGGAUUACAAACUUCCUGUAUGACAUGCUCCAUUAUCUGGUUCCGGUAGUUUUGUGCAUUUGUGUGUUUGCAGCUUUCCAGUUUUCAGCAUUCACUUAUAAAGAUAACCUAGGAGCUACAUCCCUGCUGCUGAUCUUAUUUGGAUUUGCCACAAUGCCCUGGAUGUACCUUCUGUCAAGGCUUUUCUCCAGCUCAGAUGUAGCUUUUAUCACAUAUGUGGCAAUUAACUUAGUGCUGGGUCUCUGCACAAUCCUUGCAGUCUAUCUUCCUCGUUUUCUGGCUUUAUUAUCCAACCAAGAGCAACUGUUGAGAGUUUACAGUGUACUUCGCUGGGUCUUCAUCAUUUUCCCACAAUUUUGCCUGUCCUUUGGGCUGAUAGAACUAUCCUACAAUCAGUUAAAAUUUGAUCUCACCAAGGAUUUUGGAGUUGAUUCCUACGUGAGUCCAUUUGAGAUGGAAUUCCUGGGCUGGGUCUUCGUUGCAAUUACCCUUGAAGGAUGUUUAUUUUUGUUAAUUCGUCUCCUAUUCCAAGGCAAUUUGCUAUAUAAACUCUGCAACAAGGAUUCCCUGCAUGGUAUGGCCAGUGACAAUGAAGAUGAAGAUGUGAAGAAAGAACGUGAACGAGUUCUGAAUGGAGAAGCAAACAGUGACAUUUUACAGAUAGUCAACUUAAAGAAAUGUUACCAGACUCUAAAGAAGAAAGUUAAUGCUGUGAAAGGAGUCACAGUGGGGGUGUCUUCGGGAGAGUGUUUUGGACUCCUCGGUGUGAAUGGGGCUGGGAAAACUACCACAUUCAAAAUGCUGACAGGAGAUAUAAGACCAUCUUCAGGCCAUGCAAUUAUCAGGACUGCUGCAGGGUCUGAACAAGACAUCAUAAAUACGCAUGUUGAUGGGUCUCUGAUUGGAUAUUGUCCCCAAUAUGAUGCCCUGGAUGGUCUCUUGACCGGCUGGGAACACCUAUACUACUAUUCCAGAAUUCGUGGAAUACCUGAAGAGAUAAUCAAGAAAUAUAUUCACGAUCUUGCUCAUCGCCUGUACCUGACCGCCCAUGUCGAUAAAUUAGUGAAAACCUACAGUGGUGGUACAAAGAGAAAACUGUCAACAGUCUUGGCAUUGAUUGGUAGACCUCAAGUCCUUUUACUGGAUGAGCCGAGUUCAGGAAUGGAUCCUGAGAGCAAGCGCUAUCUCUGGAAGACAGUCAUAAAUGAAGUAGAAGCUGGGUGUGCUGCAGUCCUGACUUCACACAGCAUGGAGGAAUGUGAAGCCUUGUGUACAAGACUUGCCAUUAUGGUAAAUGGUAAAUUAAAAUGUGUUGGCUCUCCCAAGAACAUAAAAAACAGGUUUGGUGAGAUCUAUUCAGUUAAAGUAGGCCUCAGCCGAAAAUUAGCUGACUCAAUGCAGCUUACAGACCUGUUGGAGGUGCACUUCCCAGGCACAAUCUUAAAGGAACAACAUCAAUAUUCUCUGGAGUAUGAGGUACCACAGAGACAAGGAGAUCUAACAAAGAUGUUCCAGUUUCUUGAGAACAACAAAGCGGAACUCAAUAUCAAACACUAUUCCAUUAGCCAAGCCACUCUAGAUCAGGUGUUUAUUAACUUUGCACGACAGCUAGACGAAACUCCUGAUCAAACAGCUUCAGAAAACAGCAGAACAAACCCAUCUGUAUAACUCUUAAAUUGUCACAAAAACAGAACUAUUUAUGGAAGCACAUAACAUAUUGACCCAAUGAAGAAAUGCAGGCUCAACCAUUUUAAAAGAAAAAUUAUGUGGUCUGAAUCUCAGGUUUUGAAGAGAAUUAUGUACUUCAGACAUGCAUUUUAUUAGAAACACAUUAGAAAGAUUUUUUUUAACAGAGCACUGGAAAUGUGUUAAUGGGUUUUGAAGGAACACCCUUUUUUUGUAUAAUUUCAUUUAUUUCCUAUUACAAUGAAAUGAAACCGAAUUUGAAGCAACUUUGUUUUUAAAUGGAAAAACUGAAUUUAUUAAAGUUAUUGUGUAUUGACUUUUAUCGUAAAUUCCCCAAUUAUAGCCCUUAAAAUGUUCCAUUCUAAUUGAAUGCUGAUAUACAAGAAGUCUACUGUUCCAAAGUUUGGGAUAAUCACAGUAAAAAAAGGAAUGAUACUCAGAACAAUGAAAUAUCUGAGAAAUAGAUCUUUAAAGUACAAGAUUUCAUGACUUAAAUGUAUGUUAAAUAAUGGAUUUUAAAAUUAAUUGUAUUUUUCUAUAAGAUCCAUUGCAAUUCUUAUUAAACUGAAGAAAGAAUCAAUUUUCACACUUUUCAAUUUUAGUUGAUCAGCAUACAGAUAAUUAAACAAAUAAUGGUUGUAAAUGUUAUUCAAUGAUAUUUUCUGCUGAUGAAACUUCAAUUUCAUGUAGCUUGUUUCUGAUUAUGUGUAAGAUGAAUUGGAAGUUGACGCAGUCAGGAUUUCAAAAAGGCAAGCAUGAUGCAAACAAUCUUAUUUAAAAUAGUGUAGGUAAAAUAGUCAAUUUUUCUCAACUUUCAUUCAUUACAUUGAUCAUUUUCAGGUACUUUAAAGGUGAAACUAAAUUAUGAUAUUUGUCAAAUUUAUGUUCUCUGUGAUCAAGUUGACCAUUUCCCAUUCUGAAGAUAUUGCAGAUCAAAUAUACAAGGAAAUGCAUUACAAGUAGGAAUAACCAAUGUGGCCCCUCAAGCCUGUUCCACCAUUUGAUAAGACUAUAGCUGAUCUCAUUGUGGCAACAACACUACUUCCCCAUUUAUCCUCUAUACAACUACAUUUAAGAAUCUAUGUACCUCUGCCUUCAAGAUAUUCAAUGAUCCUGCCUUCAUCACUCUUUGGGGACGAGGCUUCCACAAACUAACUACACUCAGAGAGGAAAACAAUUCUUAUGUCCAUCAUAAAAUGGAAGGCCUCUUAUUCUUAAAGUCUGUUCCAUAGUUCCAAAGGUUCAUCAAUUCUUUGUUCACUCCGUGACUUGAAAUGCAAUCCUUUUUACCUCAGCCCAUGAUCAAAAUUAAAGAAAUUAAAAAAAGGAUAUGAACAUAACAUAUUCUUAAAUACAGAGACUGAAACCUUACACAGUCCUCUAGAUGCAAUCCUACUGAUGUCCUCUGCAACCGUAACAGAACUGUCUUAAUUUUAUAUUCCAUUCGCAUCGCACCAAUCAACAGUUUAUUUGCAUUCCUAUUAUCUGUUGUACUGUCUUCUACUUUUUUUAUGAAUCAGAUUCUAGAACACCAAGAUCCCUCCUGGAGUUCGGUAAUCUGUUUCCAUUUGAAUAAUAUGCUGUUUUUAUAUUGUCUUGCCAAAGUGUAAAAACUCAUGUUUUUUCACAUUAUAUUCCAACUGCAAAAUGUUUGCCAACUCAAUUUGACCAUCUAUGUCCUGUGCAGACUUCUCAUAACCCCAUUGCAACUUACUUUUCUACCUGUCUUUGUAUCAACAGCAAAUUCAGGAAUUAUAUAUUUGGUCCCUUUAUUCAAAUCAUUGAAAUAUUUGGAAGUUGCACUAAAUAGGACUCUUGAUAAAGCACUUAUAUUACUUGGUUCAAUAUUUUGAUAUAUUGCUCUACUUGCAUUAAUAUUAAACUAAGCUCAAUUUUUCACAGCACUUUUACAUAAAGAGCUUGAGUACAUUAAGUUACAUAAUGUUGAAUGUUCAUGAAAAAUCUUGAUACAACAUAGGCAUUUUACAGUAUAAUUGCAAUAUGGUAAUUUAAUAUAAAUGAUUAAACCAAUCAAGCUAAUCUAAUUUUUUUUUGCAAAUGAUCAUUUUAAAAUCAUACAGUUGAACAUAAAUUGUCUUCCAGUUCCAUAGUGCUCCUAACUUUUGAAAAUUAUAGAGUAGCAGUAGAUCAUUUAGAAUCUAAUUUGAAAUCACUCACUUUUAGUACUAAACAAAUGCUCACUUAUUAGUGCCAAUCCACUCCAGUUAAAAUGUAAGAUGCUUUCAGUGAAUUCAUUGAGAGGUUGGCAAGUGGUCACAAUAGUUGAGAUCUAACCUGUCUGGCAUUGAAGAGAAGAUUUAAAUGCAAGCAUAGGAAGUUAUAUUCACAAGAUACCUCCUUAUCAAUUUUAAGAUAUGUCCCGAUGGUUGAAGCACUCCUGCAAAUUUGAUACUUCAUUCUACCAAAAUAUUAAACGUGUACAAUAUUUUUGGAUUAACCUACUGAAAUACAUUCAAGUAACUUAUCAGAUUCAGCCAAAUAUAUUAAGUAUUUAUUUCAAAACAGUCGUAAGAAGACAGAUUCAACUUUGUAAUUUUUUUUCUGAGCUUCAAGAGCAAUUGUUUUGAUUUUGAAAAAUAUUACAUAUGUCCGAAAAUUAUUUCUCAAUUAUUCAUUGAUUCCUUCUGCAGAACUUACUGGGCCUGUACUGAGUCUUAAACAAAACUUGCACCAGCUGUCAACUGCUGUGGGUACUGUGGAAUAUUUAGGUAACUGAGGGACUCCUUUAUGGGUAGCAAAGUGGGUAAAAGACCCUUGUACCACUCCAAACCACAAUUUCCAUCAUUGUGCUCCUCUGAGCCCACAAAUAUCUGCUCCAGUUUUCAAACUCAAGGAUUACAGCAAAUCCAAAGUUUAUAUUUCCUGAGAAUACGUGAAGACUCUGUUCCAACAUAUUCUUUACUUUUCCUUAGAUAUGUUGAUCUCAAUUCACAUGUAAGACCUAUUUGGUUAUAUUUUUUUCCACUUUGCUCAUCUGUUGUUAAUUAAUCUCUGAAUUCUAAUCAUUCUAUGUAAAUAAAUUGUUUCUCUAUUUUUGCAA